AUUUAGACAUUUCCAAUGGAUGCUUCGUUUACAUAUUAUGUCUUUCUAUACGUAGUGUCAUGUUACUUUAAAAAUCUAUCUUCGCUCAAUUUAUAUGCUUUCGCUCAAAAUGGACUAAUUGUUCCCGUUAUUGACAACCAAGCAAGCUUAAAGGCUAACUGCGAGCACACUGUACGGGCAAUUCAAUACCAGGCGGUACAGAAUGGGAAACUGGCUUACGAGAAACCAACAGGCAACUCCUUAUAUCUAAGCAAUAAAACAGUUGCAAAUCCCCAGUUUUAUGGAACUAAUGAAGACGGAAGAAUAGUGUCUGCAUAUAUUCCACAAUGUCGUCCAGACAGACCGGACUUAUAUAUUGCUCGACAAUGCAAUGAGUACGACUGCUUUUGUGUCAAUGUAACUACUGGGGCAACACUAUUGGGUACACGCGCCAGUCCUGCUGAAGUUGGAGAUUGUUCUACAGCUAUUUAUUCAGUGUUACUUGCUUUAUACUUACGAAGCAUCUUACCAGCUUCUGUUGUUGGUGAAUCGCGUCAAGAAAGUUCGUCUGACACUGGUGAUAUUAGUCAUGUCCCAUGGGACUCCGAUACAGCCUUAAAGUUACACAUAAAAAAUAGUAUAGAGAAAAUUCUGCGUUCAGCUGUUGGUUUUCAACAAGUAAUAAGUGUUACUCGCAUAUCUGCCAUACCAGGUGUCCAGCCGCAUAACAGUUCAGAAUUCGCAUACUAUCAAGUCCAGCUAACCUCUACUGGUCACAGCUCUUUGCAAGCACCUCAGGAUCUUUUGGGAAAUCGCCUUCACGAAGGGUUUUUACCAGAUGUUGGUGUUGUUGACCCACGUAUAAGUUACGUAAAAAUUAUAGAACCUAAAAUUCCAGACCCAGCACCUUUAACUUCAUCUCAUGAAUUUGAAGAUUUAUUGUUAAACAGACAAACUAAUCUUCAUCUUUCUGAAAGUGAAAUAACACAACAAUCUAAAUCUUCUAUACCUUCAUCUGGACAUAAAAUGGUUGCAGUAAGAAGUUCAGAAAUAAGUGGAAAUUCCUAUCUUGGUUCACAUGAAGCAUCAAGUUUAAAAUCUUUAGACCCUAAAUUAUCAUCGUUAUCAUCCUCCGAAAAUGUAGCACAUAUAUUUGGACCUUUUGAACCGAAUGUUCUCAGCGGUGGUGUAUCAGCUGUACGUCAAACAUCAAUACAUAGUAGAUCACUUCAUCAAUCAUGGAAUUCAGGAACAUCAACAUCAAAGAUUUUAGGUCAACCUGGUGUAAUAGCUGGUAUUGUCGGAAGUGUGGUAGUUGUUUUACUGUUAUUAAUUCUACUUAUUCUAUUCUGUAUUUAUCGUUUACGUAAAAAAGAUGAAGGAUCUUAUGCUUUGGAUGAACCGAAAAAAUUACCUACAGUGGAUACUUAUACAAGAGCACCAACAAGAGAAUUUUAUGCUUAAAAAUAUAGUAUAAUUUAAACACUACUUCAUAAGUUGUACAUUGAUUUACCAAUCCUACACAUACAUACAUAAAUUAAACAUGGAAUGGUUAAACAACUCUUCUUCCAACUUAUUAUAUAUAUAUAAAUAUUGAUUUUAUCAAUUAGGUAUCUAAUUAUUGAAUGUAAGCUAAUGUGUUUCAUUAUCCAUGAU